UGCAUACGGUACUAUUUUUUUAUAUAAACCGUUCCUAUCUAUUUGGCCAUUAACGUGCGAACAUCAGACCAUACUAUUAGAGACUUCAAAUAUACUAACGAAGAAAAGUAACAUCAGAAGUUAAGGUUGUGCCAUAGAUGUGUAAAUAGAAGGUCAAUAACGCUGGAAAUAGUGUAUCUAACCUAAUUAAAGCUAAACAAUGAAUCGCGACGGGAAAACCGCACUCUUCGAGUCUGGAGAUGAAAUCGUUAUUUCCGGGAUCGCAGGCAGAUUUCCUAAGUCUGACAACAUCAAGCACCUUCAAGAGAAUCUACUUAACAACGUAGAUCUCGGUUCGGAUGACUGUCAACGUUGGCAACACGAACAUAUGGACGUGCCACGACGCACGGGAAAGGUCAAUAAUAUCGAGAAAUUUGAUGCGGAAUAUUUUGACAUGCCCUUCAACCAAGCCCACCUGAUGGAUCCUAUGUGUAGAUGCCUCUUAGAACAUACGUACGAAGCCAUCGUCGAUGCAGGAAUAAAUCCAAAGGAUUUACGUAAUACCAAAACCGGAGUGAUUGUCGGAGCGUGUUACACUGAAACGGAGAGGAUUUUCUUCUAUGAAAAAGUACAGGUCGCUGGUCUUGGAUUACUAGGCAUCAAGAGUAUGCUAGCAAAUUUGAUUUCUCGCUGGUUAAGCCUCAAAGGACCGUCUUGUCUUAUCGAUACCGCCUGCAGUUCAAGUCUUUCCGCUAUGGAACGCGCUUACAGAAUAAUUCGAUCUGGAGAGUGCGACGCUAUGAUCGUUGCUGGGACAAAUCUAUGCUUGAAUCCUUUCAUAUCCUUGCAGUUUGCGCGACUUGGUGUUUUAUCGCCUGACGGAUUCUGCAGACCUUUCGACAGAGAUGCCAAUGGUUACAUGCGCAGUGAAACAAUCGCAGCGGUUUUCCUUCAGAAAGCGAAGAACGCUAAAAGAAUUUACGCAUCUGUGGUGUAUGCCAAGAUGAAUUGCGACGGAUUCAAGGAGCAAGGCAUUACUUUCCCAUCGAGCGAAAUGCAAGGACGUUUACUUGAAGAGUUUUACAACGAAUGCGGCGUCUCGCCGUCUUGCAUUAGUUAUCUAGAAGCUCACGGUACCGCUACGAAAGUGGGCGAUCCGGAAGAAGUUAAUGCGAUAGAGAGGGUUUUCUGCAAAGAUGAACGUAGUCCCCUCUUGAUUGGUUCCGUCAAGUCCAACUUGGGUCACUCUGAGCCUGCCAGUGGCAUGUGCCAAAUUGCUAAGGUGGUGAUAGCAAUGGAAAUUGGCAUAAUCCCACCAAACUUACAUUUCACAAAAGAACGAGAUGAUAUUGAAGCUUUUAAGACAGGGACUGUACGAGUCGUGACUACUCCGACAACAUGGGAGCCUACUUUAGUGGGUAUAAAUUCUUUCGGUUUUGGCGGGGCCAAUACUCACAUUUUGUUAGAACCUAAUAUGAAGCAAAAAGUCAACGGUGGGGCACCAAAGGACGAUUUGCCAAGACUCGUCGUCCUGUCCGGUCGUACCGAACAAGCAGUGGAGUCAUUCUUACGUGAGAUUGAAAGUCAAUCGGUAGAUGUUGAAUAUAUUCGGUUGUUGCACGACCUCCAUGCGGAAGAACUUCUAAAUCAUCCUUACAGAGGUUACACGAUUGCUGAAAACCAAAUAUCGAGCAACGUAACAAGCGAAAUACAUCAUUAUGAUGGAGUAAGAAAGCCAAUUUGUUUCGUGUUUCCCGGCAUUGGAUCCCAAUGGCUUGGCAUGGGAGAAGCAUUACUACGAUUUCCAGCAUUUUCUAAGGCUGUAAAAGAUUGUGACGCCAUUUUAAGAGCUUAUGGGGUAAACAUCAUCAACAUUUUAACAAGUAAAAUGGAAGAUACCUUCGAUAGCAUAUUAAACUCGAUUGUAGGGAUCACCAUGAUGCAGCUUGGAUUAAUCGACCUCUUGACUUCUGUGAAUAUCGUGCCAGAUUAUGUUAUCGGUAAUUCAAUCGGUGAACUCUGUUGUGGAUACGUGACAGGCGAAUUCACAGCCGAACAAGUGAUUUUAUCCGCUUAUUACAUUGGACUGGCAUUGAGUGAAGUAAAAACAAUUCAAUGCGCCAAGGUGGAUAUUGGUCUGGACUAUAAAAGUCUGAAGGCCAUAUGCCCGGCAGAUAUCGAAAUAAUCUGCAGCUAUAGCCCGAAUGCUUGUUCCAUAAAUGGACCGAUAGAGUCAGUGAAAAUAUUCGUUACAAAAUUACAGGAUAGCAAGGUUCCUACAAAGGUAGUUGCUUGCAGCAAUAUUCCUCUCCAUACUUCUUAUCUUGCCAAUGCAACGCCAAGGAUUUCGUCUUAUUUGUACCAAACGAUAUCGCAAAAGAUGACUCGCAGCCAGAUAUGGCGCAGAUCGCCUUGCGAUUAUAACUUAUCAUACGCAGAAUACUUUACCAACAGUUUAGUGAAUCCUAUAUUUUUCGAAGAUGUCGCGAAAAUGAUUCCGGAGAAUGCAGCGUUCGUGGAAAUUGCGCCGGAUGGAAUUCUGCAGGACAUCUUGAAUAAAAUUUUCGAUACGACAACCAUCACGUUGGCUCAACGCCAUCACGAAGAUAACGCUAAAGUAUUUUUGCAAGGACUCGGCAAGAUGUACAACUGUGGCUCGCAGCCGCAAUUAGCCAAUCUCUAUCCGGCUGUAGAAUUUCCGGUUAGUCGCGGCACACCUAUGAUCUCGCCGUCGAUCAAAUGGAAACACUCCGAGGAUUGGUACGUAGCGUUCUACUCUAACGAGAAGUGCAUCACUUCCGGAGAAAGAAUAAUCAGGAUCUCAUUGAGCGACGAAGAUCACGAAUAUAUGAACGGUCAUGUAAUUGAUGGAAGGAAAUUGGUACCAGCUACAGGAUAUAUAUUUUUUAUUUGGGAAACAGUUGCCAUGUUAAAGGGCCAGUGGCAAAGUAACGUACCUGUCGUGUUUGAGGAUAUCAAAUUUCUCCGGGCGACCCAUAUGUCCAGCCAGGGAAAUGUAGAAUUGACGUUAAUGGUGCAGAAAGCAAGUGGGAUAUUUGAGAUAAUAGAAGGUAACACCACUAUCGUUACUGGCAAGGUGCGUGUACCGUCGGAUCCUGCCAAGGAAAGAAUUGUGACUGAUUUCUUACAAAACGACGAUGACGAAGAAGAAGUGAUGAAGACAAAAGAUGUCUACAAGGAACUCAAAUUACGUGGAUAUCAAUAUACUGGCGUGUUUCGAGGAAUAAAAAGUUCAUCCAUUAUGGGCACGCGGGGGCAUAUAGCUUGGUUAAAUAACUGGGUAGCUUUCAUGGAUAAUAUACUGCAAAUGCAUAUUCUCGGCACAGACACGAGUAGCCUUUAUGUCCCUACUGGGAUAGGCAGGAUGGUAAUCGAUCCGCAACUUCACGCUCAGCACAUUCAGGACAUAACAAAUGAAGAUAAACAACUUGCUGUGUGUAUGUACAAAAAGUUGGACACAAUAGUAUCCGGUGGUAUAGAGAUCAACGGUAUUUCGGCUACUCCUAUAUUACGACGGAAGCCAAUCGGACAUCCUGUUCUUGAAGAGUACAAGUUCGUAGCUCAUCGUGACGGAGACAAGGUUCCCUUCGAAGAUGGAAUAAUCCUGUCGACGCAUUUGGCCCUGGAGUAUCAUCAAAUGACGAGAGUGAACAUUAUCGAGCUGAUCGAAGACGGCGACGUCUCCGAAAUAACAACCAAGGAAUUAGCGUCCCCAAUUUUCGUCGAAAUCUUGAGCAAUUUACCACUCAUUCAACCCAACAUCAACCUAAUAGCGAGAACCAACAGCCUCGAUUGCGUCAUACUUCCUCCAGAAAUUACAAUAUCGCAGUCGAAGAAGCUGUCAAAGGAUGACAAUGCGAUAUUAGUGUCGGGCUAUAAUUUGUUAACGAGUGGCAAGAACGAUACUUUGAGGGACAUCUUACAGGCAUUGAAAUCCGGCGGGUUUUUGUUGACACGAGGACAGCCACUCGACAAAGAAGACAUUGCGACUGCUGAAAGCUACAAUCUAGCUGUGGUACUUGAAAAACAGACAGAGAAGGAGCAUAUUACACUUUUGAAAAAGAGAGGCCAAUCGACGAGUAAAACGGAUGUUAUAUUCGCGAACAAUCACGAAUUUUCCUGGGUGGAGCAACUCAAAUUAAGUCUGAGCGAGGAAAAUAAAUUGACUAACACCACGAGAAUAAUUAUAGUUGGUGAAGGGGACACAGAGUGCGGCUUAUUGGGUCUCGUUAACUGUUUGAGGAAAGAACCGGGCGGUGAAUUAAUUAGAGGAGUAUUCAUUCAGGACGAGAACGCACCGAAAUUCUCAUUGCACGAUCCCUUCUACGCGGAACAACUUCGAAUGGAUCUCAUUAUAAAUGUCUUACGCCCCGAAAAAGUAUGGGGUUCGUACAGGCAUCUUCCGUUAGCGCCUUUGAAAUCUAAACUUGUUCACCAUGCCUUCGUUAAUCAAAUGGUUCAUGGUGAUUUAAGUUCAUUUUACUGGAUCGAGGGCCCGAUUAAUCUGAAUUAUGAGCAUCCUAGAUUUGUCAACAUAAUAUACGCGACUCUUAAUUUCAAAGACGUGAUGACAGCAACCGGUAAAAUUAAAAUGGAACGUUUUAUGUCUCGCGGAAGAAUGGAGGACUGCAUGAUAGGUUUGGAAUAUGUUGGUAUCGACGAUACUGGACGCAAAAUAAUGGGGCUGGCCGAAAAUAAGUGCAUAUCAAACAUGCAGGUGUUCGAUCAACAUCUAUCCUGGGAAAUUCCGGACGGAUGGACUCUCGAGGACGCUGCGACGAUUCCCUGCGCUUAUAGCACAUUUUAUUACGGACUGUCUCUUGGUAGAAAGUUAAGGAAAAGCGACAAAAUAUUGAUCCAUUCAGGUACCGGCGCUGUAGGACAAGCCGCUAUCAAUAUUGCGCUUCACGAAGGUUGCGAAGUAUUUACUACUGUUGGUACCUUGGAAAAACGAAAGUUCAUACGAGAUACUUUUCCGUCUAUUCCGGAGGAUCAUAUCGGAAAUUCGCGCGACACCAGUUUCGAGCAGAUGAUAAAUCAACAGACCAAAGGUCGUGGUGUGGAUGUUGUAUUAAAUUCAUUGGCCGAAGAUAAACUUCAAGCGUCUGUACGUUGCCUUGCCAGAAAUGGACGAUUUUUGGAAAUCGGAAAAUUCGAUAUACUGUCUAACAAUACAUUGGACAUGUCCAUUUUUUCGAAAGGGAUCAAAUUUUACAGCAUUAUGUUAGAUAAAAUAUUCAGUAGUUCUUUCAUAAAAAAAAGCCAAUUAAAUAAUGUAUUACGUGAGGGUCUUGAUAACGGAGCAGUUAAGCCACUUAUUAGAACAAUUUUCCAAAAAGAUGAAGUAGAGACGGCGUUUAGGUACAUGGCAGCGGGUAAACAUAUCGGGAAGAUAGUUAUAAAGAUACAAGAGGAGGGAAAAUUCAUGAACACGCCUUUGCUUGCCUUACCGCGUUAUUAUUGUCUACCGAAUAGGUCAUACAUUAUCUUGGGAGGAUUGGGUGGUUUCGGCUUGGAAUUAGCCGACUGGUUAGUCGUUCGUGGUGCCAGAAACCUCGUGCUUAUCUCACGAACUGGACUAAAGAACGGUUAUCAGCGUAUGAAGGUUGAGCUGUGGAAAUCUUACGGAGUAAAAGUAUUAAUCGUAUCGAACGUCGAUGCGUCAGACAUCAAAGAUUGCGAGUACAUAUUGAGAACAGCGGAGGAGCUGGCGCCAACAGACGCCAUAUUCAAUCUUGCUGUUGUACUAAACGACAAGAUUUGUCAGAAUCACACGAUAGAGACAUUCCAGGAACCAUUCAAAGCGAAAGCGUGGGCCACGAAGAACUUGGACCAGUUGUCCAGAUGCAUAUGUCCUGAGCUACGUCACUUCGUCGUCUUCUCCUCCGUGUCGUGCGGUAGAGGCAAUGCCGGGCAGAGCAAUUACGGAAUGGCAAAUUCUAUCAUGGAAAGAAUCUGCGAGAGAAGAACACAGGAGGGCUUACACGGAUUGGCGAUUCAAUGGGGCGCCAUCGGCGAUGUCGGUAUUGUGGCCGACAUGCAAGAGGACGAUAAAGAAAUGGUCAUUGGCGGUACAUUGCAGCAAAAAAUAAGUUCCUGCAUCGAGAAGCUGGAAGAAUUUCUCUUACAAAAGCAGCCAGUAGUGGCGAGCAUGGUUGUGGCAGAGAAGCGUUCGGGCGCUGUUAGCUCCAUCAGUGUCAUUGACACCGUAGCCAACAUUAUGGGUUUGAAAGAUUUGAGUACUGUGUCCGCUCAUGCACGCUUGUCUGAGAUUGGGAUGGACUCAAUGAUGGCCGUGGAAAUCAAGCAGACCUUAGAACGAGAGUAUGAAGUCUUUCUCACUGCCCAGGAUAUUCGGAACCUGAACUUCGCCAAACUUGCCGAAAUGUUUAAUCAAGAAACGCUGAAUGAGAAACUGCGUUCCGAUAAUCUUAAAGAUUCCAGUGACUUGGCUGGUCUAAAAUUACUCGUCCGAGUGAUAGGCGAUGAUAAUUACUCAAUACCCGACGUUUGUAUAAGUCUUCCGACGAAAGCUGAUACAGCGAGAGACGAGAUAUUUCUGUUGCCGGGAGUGGAAGGUUGCUGGAGUAUUUUCAACUUAUUGGCGCCAAAAAUAGAAGCUCCAGCUGUAUGCUUACAGUACGGAACGUAUAAUAUUGGCAACGACUGUCACACGAUAAGCGAAAUUGCUGAUUGUCUUUUAAAACAUAUAACAGACAGAAUCAAGUCGAGAAAGAACUUCGUCAUAGUCGCGUAUUCAUUUGGAACAAUCAUAGGAAUUGAAUUAGUAAGAAGGUUGGAAGAAAUGAGCCUGCGAGGCAGAUUAGUACUUAUUGACGGCGCACCUGAGCAGAUGAAAGCAUUGGCGAGUCAGCAUCUACCUUUCACUACGAUUGAUGAACUUCAAAAUAAUGUUCUACUGGGUAUAACGGACAUGUUACAACCUGCUGUCAGUGGAAAGCUUCUGUUGGAAUUAAAUAAAUUUUCUAACUGGGAUGAUAAGUUGAAUGUGUUUAUGAGCCAUAUUCCGCCAACAUAUAGGAAAAUGUCAAUCGACUAUUCAAAAGCUACAUGUACAACUGUAUACAAACAUAUUCAAGCUCUUCAUAAGUAUGAUGUGACACAAAUACAGAAGAUUGUGUCAUCCGUAAUACUUCUAAAACCAACCAUGCAAUCGUUGCGUGUGCCCGAUGAAGAUUAUGGUCUACAUAAGAUUACUACAGGAAGAGUGCAAAUUCAUUCUGUAGAAGGUAAUCACAUUACGAUCCUUGACAGCGAUAAAGUAGUAGCUGCGAUCAAUGGGCAACAGAUUGAAGGUGUCAAAAAAACACAGUCAAAUAUAAUAGACGAUAAACCAAUAAUCUCUGUUGAAAGUAACCGUACUAGAUCAUAAAUACGUUUCUUCCAACAGAUAUAUUAAUAGAGAUAUUAAUUUUAACAUUUUCAAUCCGUUUAUCCGUAUAUCAUAGAAAUAAUUAUAUAAUCCCACUUAAGAUAGCAAUAUUUUCAACCGGUUUUAUAAGAGUUAUACCGCAUGACAUAUGAUUUCUCAGAUAUAUUAAUUUUAUAUGCAAAUUUAUUACAAUUUUAUAUAAUUACAAAGGGAAGUGCUCAUGGCAUAUUGUUCACCGAUUCUUUUUGCCUUCAAUAACUGCAAAAUAUUUAAAUUACUAGUACCGAUACAUGUAAUAAAUAAAUUUUGCAUUCCCAUUUUCCUGUAAUAUGAUGUUCAAUGAACAUAUAUCCCUUGCAGUUACUAAAAGCAAUAAAAAAAUCGGUGUGCAGUAUAUCAAAAGCACUUCCUUUUGUAAUUAUACAAAAUUGUAAUAAAUUUGCGUAUGAGAUUAAUAUAUCUGAGAAACUAUAUGUCUUACGGUACGACUCUUACAAAACCAAUUGAAAAUAUUGCCAUCUGUCUUAAAAGGGAUUGUAUAAUUAUUUCUAUGAUAUAUGAAAAUAUCUAAAUAUAAUAUAAACUUAGGUCGUUAACUUUUAUCA